UCGCUUCGCUUACGAAGAAUAAUGUGUGUCUUUUUCAUUGCAAUUCAGCCGUCUUCCUCCUACCAUCUUGUUGUAGCUUGCAACCGAGACACAUUCUUUGCCAAAAAAACAUCGAAUGCAGCCUUCUGGGACACGCAACCUAAUAUCUUGGCUGGUCGCGAUAUGGAGGCUGGAGGAACAUGGAUGGGAGUGACCAGAGGUGGAAAAUUGGCAGCAGUAACCAACAUUCCUUCACAUUACAAUGGCAAAAAGAAGGGAAACACUAGCAGAGGCCUUUUAGUGUCAGGUUAUCUUCAAGAGGUCAGCAAGCAGCUGAGUCCUCUGGACUACUGCCAGUCAGUUCUCUCCAAUGCCCAGCACUACAGUGGCUUCAACCUCAUCACGGCAAAGUUCAGGUACUUUCUGUCACAUAAUGCAGUCGAUGAUGCUUAACUGGAGAUGGGCCUUCCCAACAGUCCCAGUAAAGUAGAAGCUGCCUACUGUUGCAACAGACCAUCAGCGACAGCAUACAUCAUGCCACCUGGUGUCUACGGUCUUAGCAAUCAGCUUCUCAACUCACCAGAGAAGAAACUGGUCCAGGGCAAGUCAAAAUUUGAAGAAAUUGUGUCGGGUUUGCAGGAUGGGAGUGUUGAUGAGAGACAGUGUGAGAAACAGCUUCUGGACCUCCUUUGUGAUGAGACGUGUCUCUAUCCUGAUGAGAAUUAUGCAGCUCUUGGAUUUCCCGAUAAUGUUCUGAAGCAUAUUACAUCAGUGUUUGUGGCUCCGACAUUACUCUAUGGCGAACCAUUUGGAACAAGGUAAAUGCUUGUCCUGUCUACAUAGAGUGUAGUUGUCUCAAAGGACACCUCUAAUAUCAUGACACCUCCUUAUUUUUAAGAUAACUCUGUUUCCACAUUGCAUGCUAAGAUUGCAUGCAUAAAAUGUGAAUGUGAACGUAAAGUUUUGACUCAAUGGCUAUGCUAUGCAAACUCAAGUGUUUUUUCUGAGAAUUAGGAAAUUUAUCAUCAUCAGACACAACAUAAUACUAUGUGAGGUGAGUGUGUCAGCUGCAUACUUCUAAAAUUCCGUUUACACGCUACAGACUGGUUCGAAUAAAAAUGUAGUUGCCUUACAUCACCCCAAAAUUCAUAUUUGCCACAUCUACCUAUUUGUAGUUACAAAAAUCGCAGCAACAAGCACUUCUCUGGAUCAUGUCCAAAGCAGCUAGGUAUUGCCAAUGUCAGUGCAUUUGUGCAGAAAAGGCAAAAAUUGAAGCAAAGGCAGUGACAGAGGUUACUAGCUAUUAGUUAGCUAAACAUCUCGGUAAGCCCUUCAAAGUGUUCACUCACUACUGCCAAAAGGGACAGCAAAACUGUGGUGAACGUCGAUGACUCCGGCUAUAUUGGCAUAAAGGUACGGCAGAAUAUGCGAGCUUAAUAGGAAAGGAAAUAGACUUUGGUGUCUCUUAGAGCAUAGUAAGACAAAAACCCUGGCAAAUUCACGGCAAACAGAAAUGCACAUCCUAGACUUAGAAAGUUCUUGACUAGUGAUUGUAUGUUCGUGUUGUACCUAAUCAUGUCACUGGUGACCUUUAGUACCAUUAUGACUCCACCAUGUGCAGAGGC